AUAUUGAAUAUUGAUAGCAACAAUAGCAUUAUAGUGUUAUAUAACUUAAGAAUUAAAUACAAAUCAAUAAGUAGGUACGACAUAAUUGGUCGGAAAAUGUUAUUUCUGAAUUAUAUUUAUAUCUAAAACUGUAUUGAUUUGGAACACAUUUCGUCUCAAAAGUAUUUGGUUGGAAACGUAUUUCGUUCGAAAACAUUCAAUCGGAAACUUGAAAACACUACUGUAUUUUGAUGUCAUUCAUUAAAGCGAAGAAAAACAAAAUGAAGUCUAUUGUGUUUGCGUAUGCCGCCGUCGUUUUUUGUGCUUUAACAAUCGCACAGACUAGGUCAUCGGAAAUCCUGGUAAUUUUCCCGACGACCGCCCAGAGCCAUUACCGUGUCGUCCAACCAUUGAUUCACAGGCUAUUGGAUCGCGGACACAAAAUAUUGGCAAUCACGAAUUUCCCGGAUGCUGUGGAAAGAGCCAAUUUAUCGCACAUCAACAUUUCCAGGUUGAAACCGCACUCGAAAUUCAAUGCCAACAACAAUGGAAUAAUUAAAUCGAUUACGCGCGUAAUCGGAAACGUUUACUCAUACGCGACUAUUCUCAAUCAUCCGACAGUUGCAAAACUCCUAAAGUCCGGUCGAAAAUUUGACUUGGUGAUAGCUGAAUUUUUUACAUCUACGCCAAUAUUUGCACCGAUCGCCACAGUCGUGGACGCGCCGAUUGUUGGCUUUUGUCCAAUGAUCAAAUUUCCGUGGAUGAACGAAGUGAUGGGAAUGGAGACGACCGUGUCUUAUAUGCCAAGUGUUUUCAGUAAUUUCACGGACCACAUGUCAUUUGUCCAGCGAGUCAGCAAUACCGUGAAAUUGGCAAUCAUCGGCGUCUCGUUUAAUUGGAUAUACACCCCCAUAAUUCGGGAAAUUAUUAAAAAUCAUUACGGGAUACAAACGGAAUCGACAAUAAAAUCGAUGGCUAAUUUAAGCUUGAUCAUGACAAACGAUUAUCAUAGUAUGUUUUUACCGUUUCCCAAACCGCCCGGAAUCGUUGAGGUUGGUGGUAUUCAUGUAGUCGACGAAAAACCUGUCCCGCAAGACUUGAACGAUUUCAUAAAUGAUGCCGAUCAUGGUGUGGUCCUAUUCAGUUUGGGCUCUGUCGUGUCGGAAGCAUCGCUGGGCGCCGAUAAACUGCGCCACAUACUCGAUGCAUUUUCGAAACUUAAACAAAGAGUCAUCAUGAAGUUUGAUGCUGAAAAAAACAAAACUAUACAGCUACCAGURAAUGUAAAAAUGGUCAAAUGGUUACCACAGCGAGAUCUUUUAGCGCAUCCAAAGGUACUUCUAUUUAUAUCACAUGCUGGUAUAAUGAGCGUAAUUGAAACAAUACACUGUGGCAAACCAAUGGUAAGUAUACCGAUAUUUGGUGAUCAAGUUUUUAAUACCAAAUUGUUGAUUGACAAACAAGUGGCUGUCACUAUAGAAUACAAACAUUUGGAAAGUGACGGUCUUUUAAAUGCUAUUAAUGAAGUGUUGACCGAGAAAUAUACAAUUAACAUGAAAAAACUGCAACAGUUGUAUAAUGAUCGACCACAUUCACCACUCGAUACRGCAGUUUACUGGACCGAAUAUGUAAUAAGAAAUAAAAAUGAAUCGAAAGAACUGUUAAAAWGUCAAAUGGUUCACUUAAAUUUGUAUCAAUCGAAAUUAUUAGAUAUAUUUGCUGCUUUUCUCCUCCCACUUAUAGCGGUAUAUAUUAUACAACGGAUAAUGAAACGUCUAAGGAAGCAAUAAAUUAACAAUCAGUUUCAGUAGGUAUUAUCACUGAUUACUGUAAAGGGAUGUACCAUUUGUUCAUUUUUUUUAUAUGAUUUUAAUCUUGAUUUCAUAUCUAUUCUAGACUUWUAGUGUUCUAGUUUAUUUUAAACCAGAAAUCAGCUCAAGUUUGUUGCGAGUACUUGCGACCCAAGACGCAUUUAAAAUACUAUUUUUCAAAUUAAAAAAAUUAUCACGUAAAAAAUACGGAACUUUUAUUUUUAUUACUUACCUAUAACAAUAAACAAUUUAUAUACUAUCCAUGGGCGUAGGUAGGAAAUAUUUUCGGAGGGGGUUUUGUCUAAAUCUAUAUUAAUAUGAAAAAAUUAAGAAUCAUUUCGCUAUAUACGGCUACACCACAAUAACGACUAAUUUAACAAUAUAAAGACUAACGGAAACAAUAAUUGGAGACAGCCGCUAGCUGAUAAUCGCGGUCCGCCGAUAAAACCGAUUUAAGGUAUUUAAUAUACACUAUACCUAUUUUGUUAUGUUAUUACCAACAAUUGCAAUUCAACUAGUGUUCCUAUACAAUGUAAAUUGUGGUUUCCCACAAAUUAUACCUAGUACCUACAUAAURUGCGCGUUAAUAAUAUUCUCGAACAAAUUCACAAAAAGCUCAAGAUUGUUUUAUUUAAUUUUGGGGGGUGUUUGAACACCAACCCCCCCUCUUACCUACGCCCAUGAUACUAUCUAUAAGUAUCAACAGGUUUUUCGAGGG